AAUUCCAAAGAACAUUCUAAUAUUACCAAUAGUUAAUAAUAUCUCUCUCUUCUCACUAUCUGAUUUCUAAUAAUAAACCCAAGGUUUAAGUUAUUUAUUGUAUUCUAUCGCCCCUAAGGUUUUAUAAUACUAUUGAAUACUUUGUUUUGCUGAUACAUUGAUAAAUCACAAGUUUGUAAUCGUCAUAUCAAUAUGGUUAAAGAAACUAAAUUUUAUGAUCUUUUAGGAGUAUCACCAAGUGCUUCUGAUACUGAAUUAAAGAAAGCUUACAGAAAGGCUGCUUUGAAGUACCAUCCAGAUAAGAAUUCUUCACCAGAAGCUGCUGAAAAGUUCAAGGAAAUUUCACACGCAUAUGAUGUCUUAUCCGAUGAUCAAAAGAGAGAAGUAUAUGAUAGCUAUGGUGAAGAUGGUUUAUCAGGUCAAGGGGGGGGACCAGGUGGAAUGGGUGCUGAAGAUAUAUUUUCUCAAUUCUUUGGUGGAUCAUUUGGUGGUGCUUCUGCUCGUCCAACCAGAGGAAAAGAUAUCAAACAUGCUAUUUCUUGUACAUUAGAAGAAUUAUAUAAAGGAAGAACCGCCAAGUUAGCCUUGAAUAAAACUGUUUUAUGUAAAACAUGUAAUGGUUUAGGUGGUAAAGAAGGUAAAGUUAAGAAAUGUUCUGGUUGUAAUGGUUCUGGUACUAGAUUUGUUACUAGACAAAUGGGUCCAAUGAUUCAAAGAUUGCAAACUGUUUGUGAUACCUGUCAAGGUACUGGUGAUAUCUGUGAUCCAAAAGAUCGUUGUACUACAUGUUCAGGUAAGAAGACUCAACAAGAACGUAAAAUAUUACAAGUUCAUAUUGAUCCAGGUAUGAAAGAUGGCCAAAGAGUUGUAUUCUCUGGUGAAGGUGAUCAAGAACCAGGUAUUACUCCAGGUGAUGUUAUAUUCGCUGUUGAUGAAAGACCUCAUGAUAAAUUCACUAGAAAAGGUAAUGAUUUAUACUAUGAAGCUGAAAUUGAUUUAUUAACCGCUUUAGCUGGUGGUGAUUUUGCCUUUAAACAUGUUUCUGGUGAUUACGUAAAGGUAACACUCUCAUCUGGUGAAGUUAUAUCUCCUGGCUCCGUCAAGGUUAUUGAACGUCAAGGUAUGCCAAUCUAUAGACAAGGAGGUAGAGGUAAUUUAUUCAUUAAAUUCACUGUUAAAUUCCCAGCCAACGGUUUUGCCGAUGAAGAUAAAUUAAAACAAUUAGAAUCUAUUUUACCAGCCAGAGCUGCUGUUUCAAUUCCAAAGGGUGCUGAAGUUGAUGAAGUUUCUGUUGUUGAUGUUGAUCCAUAUAAACAUAAUGCUGGUUCCAGACGUGAUGCAUACGAUUCAGACGAAGAAGAAGGUCAACAAGGUCAAGGUGUCCAAUGUGCAUCUCAAUAGAUUAGCAACUCAUAUAAGGUGUUUGACAAUUGGUAUAUGUAUAAAUUUCCCUUAAAGAGAAUUUAUUUUAGAUAGAGCUUUUCUUAAUUAUUCCCUUCUUAUAAUUUUUAGUUAUUUUUUUAUAUUUAUAUAUGUACUAAUAGGUCUAUAUAUUUUUUUGAAAUUUUAC